AUAACCAAACAUGGGAGUCAAGUGUUUUAUCACGCUUUAAUAUUGUAAUAAAAGGGCAUUUCAUACCCAUGAUACUAAGAUACAAGGUGCAAAUUUUAUUUUAAGUCGGCGUUACAUAAAUAGACAGCAUUAGCUAUGUAAAGCUAUUGACCGACAUAAAUAACAAACAAACAAAAAACAAAAAAUAAGAAAAAAAAAAUAAAUAAAUAAAUAAGAAAUUGCAAUUAUUAAACAGAAUCACAAUAUAAGCAGUAAUACAAUCUGUAUAUACAAAACUGGUUAAACAUGAAAAAAAAACUAGCCUAAAAACUAGUUAAAAGAAAGUCCAGGUUAAAAAAUUGACACGGAAAAGAACAUUAAUGCAUUUUUAGAAAAUGAUUUAAGGCAUCUACCACAUCAUAUAUUUGGUAUGGACUGAUUAACAGCUGAAUUUCAGAGGUCAAUAAAGGAAAGAGAGACAAAUCCUACUAAAAGAUACUUGUUGCAAACUAAACUAAAUAUAAAGCAAAUCAGCAAGCAAAUACAAGCAACCAGCUUAUGUAUGAUAUUAUACAAGCGCGGAAAAAGCAAGAACUGACACGGAGCAAAAUAAUUUACUUACAGCAACAGGAGCAUUUACAAUUCUGCUCGUCCGACGAGCUAAUCAGACUCCGGAACUAAUUUAGCCACGUUAAAUCUUUUAAAUGCUGGGGUAAUGCGUUCAAGAGUCUGGGAGCUGCAGACAUGUCACUGACGUUGCAUCCGCAGAAGAGAAUUCAAUGUAACUUGGUGUGAUGAUGGAUGAUACAUGUCUAUAAGAGGAAUUGAAUGGCACAAUAACAAUAUAUCUUCUCUGAAUAAUGGAAUGGACAAGAUAAGUAAAUGACUGAUAAUCAUGGAUUCGAGGCUUACAUGCGAACCUUGCAAACAUAGGCACAUCAGUUCAAGAGCUUAUAAAUACUGUACCACGUGUCAAGAAUCACUGUGCAAGGACUGUGCUGAAGUUCAUAAAAGUUGCAAAGCUACAAGAACACAUUUAUUAGUCCAGAUAGAAGAUCAUCAGUCGUCAUCGAACUUGAGCAAGGAUUUACAGAUCGCUAAAGAAUGCAAAGAGCAUAAGAGUAAGCAAAUAGAAUUUUACUGUGCAGAUCAUGAAGAGUUGUUAUGUACAUCAUGUUUGUUGACAAAUCUAAACCACAGGGACUGUAAAACUAUUGUUCAGCUAACAUCAAUUGUGCUGGAUACAAAGAACAAAUCAUUCACUGAUAAAAUAUUUAAUGACUCAACCAAAGCAAUCGUAAACGCUGAAAACACACAAACGAAAUUAGAGGAAACACUGAAAAAGUCACAAGAUGGAGUUAAAGAUAUCUCUGAACGACUAAACAAUGUUCGUGACAGGUUUAUUGCACUGUUUGAUGAACAGAAAAACGAAGUUAUCAAGCAUGCAGAAGAAAUGUUUAGUAAGCAAAGAGAUCAAUGCAAUCAAAUGCUUGCAAACAUUAGAGAACACAAGACUUCGGUGGAAGAAUCAGAAAUAUAUCUUCGUGAAAUUGUAAAUUCUGAGAGGGGGUCUGAUGUGUUCCAUUGUAUCAUGUUGACAAUAGAUAAAAUAGAAGAUCUAAAGAAACAGACCGAAGACACGUGUCAACACAGCACUAUUAUCAAUAUUAGUUUAGAAGAUUCUCCAUUCCUACAAAUGAUUGACGAAAGAGCAUCAUUAAUAAACUGCAAGUUUGAAGAAAGUAAAGUGGACAUUUCAAAUGCUCCACUAAAUACUACAAGUAAAGAUGAUUUUUAUGAGCAUAUCAUCAGUUGCAAGACAGAAAAGACGAACGAUGAUCGAUUUGAAACAAGUACUUUAAAGACCACGCGUAAGAAAAGCAUGGACGAAUGCAUUCAACCUGUUAUGAAUGAUCAAACAGAAAAUGAAAAUUACACAUCUCAACCAUCUGGCACGGUUUUUAGCAAUAUUAAAGCUACGGCAUCGGCGAUGGUAAAAGAUGUCUAUGCGUGUGACACCGAGGGCUUAAAGAGUAAACGUUUACCAAGAUCAAAAUCAACGAGUAGUUUAAAUUUUGAAAGUGCACAAUCUGUAAAGAAAACUGUUAAGUCUACAAAACAAGAAAUAACUUUUAAAUACACUGACAAGUUCGAUGUUUCAUCUGUUGCUUGUACCGAUAUGUGGUUUGGUGGUAUAGUUUGUCUUUCUGAUGACCGUAUAGUGUUGUCGGACUAUCUAAAUAAGAGACUAGUUAUUUUGAGAAAUGACCACCAAAUGAAAGAUACGAUACCUUUGAAAUAUUGUCCAGGCUACCUGUCAUUAUUAGGUGACGAUUUUAUUAUUGUUUGUCUGAUGAAAACAAACCAGGUUCUUUUAUUGAACGUCAUGGGAGGAGAGAUCGAAGGCGAAGCGUAUUUGCAAACGAGGUUUCAUCCGAAAUGUGCCCAAGGUAUUAAUGGAGAAAAAGUGUUGGUAUCUAUGAAAGAUGGGUGCGACAACUGGUUUAUGGAUAUAUUGAAAAACGAUGGGACUAUGGAACAAACAAUUCAGGUUAAAGAGUUUUAUGACGGGUAUAAAAUUGCCAUUCAACACUUAUCCGAUAAAGACACAGAUUGCUUCCGUAUAAUUCAAUAUUGUGAUGUCACAGACAAAUUACGUGGCUUCACACUCAGUGGGGAAACUGUUUUUAGUUAUGACAUAGAUCAAGUGACAUGUGUUUUAACAGACCGUAAAGGAUUCAUCUUUAUUGUCAGGCAUACAGGUGAAGUUCAAGUCUUAUCCCCUGAUGGAAAGUACAAGGGACAUAUACAUAGAAUGUCAAUGUAUAAAGCAAAAUUUUCGGCAUUAAGUAGUUCAAUGGACAGAAUAUAUAUUACGAAGUAUAAAGACCCAACAGUUCAUGUCUUAAAAGUGUGUAGAUAUUGAAACGUGUAUCCGCAUUAUUUACACUGUGACCUAACGUACGACUCAUAGUAAUUAGACUAUUGGACUAUUAUCUGGUCUGCUAGCUACUAACUAUUUAAAUAUUUCUAUAAGACAUAUUAAUUGAAUAAAAUAUAUAAUUGUACAAUUGUGAAAUAAACACAGCUAACCCUAAUACCAUCACAUUUGAAU